AUGGAGAAUAUCCCUUAUAUGUUCUACCGCACUUGUUACGGUCUACAACCACUUAAUGGUAUCUCCAGGGACAACUGGCAUAAACGCCGCAAGACCGGCGGUAAACGCAAGCCCUACCACAAGAAGAGGAAGUAUGAGCUUGGGCGUCCUCCUGCAAACACAAAGAUCGGACCUCGCCGUAUCCACACAGUGAGAGUCCGUGGUGGGAACAAGAAGUACCGUGCUCUGAGGUUAGAUGUUGGAAACUUCUCCUGGGGCUCUGAAUGCUGCACUCGCAAGACCAGGAUUAUCGAUGUUGUCUACAACGCCUCCAACAACGAGCUGGUCAGAACCAAGACCCUGGUGAAGAACUGCAUCGUCCUGGUUGACAGCCUUCCCUACAGGCAGUGGUAUGAGGCCCACUACACCACUCCUCUGGGAGUCAAGCUGACUCCUGAGGAGUAAGAGGUCAAAAACUACUCAGAAGAAAUUCGAUGAGUUUAAAAAGACUGCCAAGAUCAACCCCCUCUUGGGAUCAGUUCCAGCAAGGAAAGCUGCUUGCUUGAAUCGCCUCCCCACCAGUGUGGUAUGGACGGUUACCUCCUGGAAGGCAAAGAGCUUGAGUUCUACUUGAGGCAGAUCAAGGCCAAGAAAGACAAAUAGAUGUACAGCUCUUUGAUUUGUCAAUAAAUUAUUUCCAACGAAC